GUCUCCUCCGUCUAGUCACCUCCAGUGGCACUCGGCUGCCCUGUUCCAGCCGUUCCUCUCAUGAUGACCACAGCACUCCCCAAGACCCUGACCCAGCUCUGAGCCCUGGGACCCUCGGUCUCUUCCCUGGGCCAUGGCCAACUCAGGCCUCCAGCUCCUGGGCUACUUCCUGGCCCUAGGUGGCUGGGUGGGCAUCAUCGCCAGCACGGCCCUGCCGCAGUGGAAGCAGUCCUCCUACGCAGGCGAUGCCAUCAUCACCGCAGUGGGCCUCUACGAAGGGCUGUGGAUGUCUUGUGCCUCCCAGAGCACGGGUCAGGUGCAGUGCAAACUCUAUGACUCGCUUCUGGCCCUGGACGGUCACAUCCAAUCAGCACGAGCCCUGAUGGUGGUGGCUGUGCUCCUGGGCUUCGUGGCCAUGGUGCUCAGCGUUGUGGGCAUGAAGUGUACGAGAGUUGGAGACAGCAACCCCAUCACCAAGGACCGCGUGGCCAUCUCUGGGGGUGCGCUUUUCCUCUUGGCUGGCCUCUGCACUCUGACUGCUGUCUCAUGGUAUGCUACCCUGGUGACCCAGGAGUUCUUCAACCCCAGCACACCUGUCAAUGCCAGGUAUGAAUUUGGCCCAGCUCUCUUUGUUGGCUGGGCCUCCGCUGGCCUGGCAAUGCUGGGUGGCUCCUUCCUGUGCUGCACAUGCCCAGAGCCUGAGAGAGCCAACAGCAGCCCACAGCCCUAUCGUCCAGGACCCUCAACUGCUGCCCGAGAACCCGUUGUUAAAUUGCCCGCCUCCAUCAAGGGCCCCCUGGGUGUAUAAUGUCCAGGUCCCCAGCGCAGGCCCUGCCCCCACUGCCACAUCUAGACUGUGUGUUUGCUAUCUUUUGGAAAGAGAUGUGAAUAUUUAGCCCCAA